AGCCAAUUUCCAGAUGCGGCUGUAGCUUGCGUCCUUCCGGACAUACACUACUGACAUACUGCCGCAGUGCCGCAGUGCCGACGCCAUUUUGUUAAGGUUCGCGGUUGAAGCAGCUACGGUUUAUCGGCUAACCGCUGGUAGUAGGUACGAAGUUGAGGGUACUCUUAACCCGCCAGCCCGCCUUUAUGUAAUUCCCUUAAUUCCCUUAAUUAACAACACUCCAUUAACGGAGCCCCGUUCAAGGAAAAUAGCCUAGGUUCCACACUUACAAGGACACCAUUAGUACCGCAUCAUACCGCGGUUCCUUUGAUUACAUUACAUAGUACCCACGACUCGCGAGAUAGCCUUAGUACGACCUAGCUUGUUGGUCAUUGCUUUCUUUUUUUCCCUUUUUCAUUUCGUAUUCUACUCUGUAUUCAGAGACAACACCUUUGGUAAUGUUGAGUUCGUUGGCAAAGAGUCGGGCACAGGCUACCGCUCUGAGAAUACCCGUGAUAAGACAAAGUAUAACACCCAAGAGUAUAUUAAUGGCGCCGGCAGCGAGACGGAGCAACAGCUCCCUCCCCGCAGGGUAUGUGGAGGACAAGUCAAAAGGCGCAAUGCUCCGAUUCCAAGAUUCGCUUCCCCGAUUACCGGUCCCGACUCUCGAAGAGACGGCCGCCCGUUACGUAAAGAGCUUACAUCCCUUGUUAAGCCCCGUCGAAUAUGCCGCAAGUAAGAAGGCCGUCGACGAAUUCAUAAAACCUGGGGGUGUAGGACGGAAGCUACAGGAGAAACUGAUCGCGCGGCGUGAAAACCCCAAUAACAAGAACUGGUUAUACGAGUGGUGGAACGACGCAGCGUACCUAAGCUAUCGAGACCCCGUUGUUCCCUAUGUCAGCUACUUCUACUCUCACCGAGAUGACCGACGGCGGAGAAACCCCGCAAAGCGCGCCGCGGCCCUGACCACCGCUGCGCUCGAAUUCAAGAAGCAAGUUGACACAGGCUCGCUCGAACCUGAAUACAUGAAGAAACUGCCGAUUUGCAUGGACAGCUACAAGUGGAUGUUCAACACCAGCCGCGUACCAGCGAGACCUGCCGAUCACCCUGUCAAAUAUGACCCUAAGGACCACAAGCACAUUAUUGUCAUUCGAAAGAACCAAUUCUUCAAGGUUGCCCACGAAGUCGACGGAAAGCAGCUCAACACCUCUGAGCUCGAGUCGCAGUUCGCCCGCAUCUAUGACCUUGCAAAGGGCGCCCCUGCAGUAGGUGCUCUCACUUCCGAGAACAGGGAUGUUUGGACGGACGCGCGCAAGGUAUUGCUAGACGCUUCGCCUAAGAACAAGGCGGCUAUCGAAGCCAUUGAAUCCGCCUCUUUCGUUGUGUGCUUAGACGAUGCUUCGCCAGUUACUCUCGAGGAGCGCGCACACCAGUACUGGCACGGUGACGGCCAGAACCGAUGGUAUGACAAGCCCCUACAGUUUAUUGUGAACGACAACGGUACGUCCGGUUUCCUGGGCGAGCAUAGCAUGAUGGACGGCACACCCACACACCGGUUGAACGACUACGUCAACGAUGUCAUCUUCGGCAACAAGCUUGACUUCAGCGACCCGUCGGUGCGAUCCAGCCUACCCGAGCCAACUCCAGUCGACUUUGAAGUCACAAAGGAUGUGCAGGCAGAGAUCGACCGCGCGAUCCGAGACUUCAACGAGGUUAUCGGAAAGCACGAGCUCGCGGUCCAGGCCUACCAGGCCUACGGCAAGGGCCUGAUCAAGAAGUUCAAGUGCUCACCCGACGCGUAUGUGCAGAUGGUGAUCCAGCUGGCGUACCACAAGAUGUACGGCAAGAACCGACCAACGUACGAGUCUGCCGCAACCCGGCGCUUCCAGCAGGGGCGUACAGAGACGUGUCGCACCGUCUCAGACGAGAGCGUCGCUUUCUGCAACGCCAUGGCCGACCCCGAGGUUUCUGAGAAAGACCGCGCGGACCUGUUCCGCAAGGCCGUCGCGGCGCAUAUCGAGUACAUCAGCGCUGCGUCCGACGGCAAGGGCGUCGACCGCCACCUCUUCGGCCUUAAGAAGUUGCUCGAGCCGGGCGAGGAUCUCCCUGCCAUCUACAAGGAUCCGGCCUACGCCUACAGCAGCUCCUGGUUCCUGUCUACCAGCCAACUUAGUUCCGAGUUCUUUAAUGGUUACGGCUGGAGCCAGGUCAUCGAUGACGGGUUCGGAAUUGCGUAUAUGAUCAACGAGAACAGUCUCAACUUCAACAUCGUGUCCAAGGGCCUCGGCAGCGAUAAGAUGAGCUACUACAUCAACGAGGCCGCUAACGACCUCCGCGACCUACUUCUCCCUACCAUCGAGCCGCCCAAGGCUAAGCUGUAAGGAAUAUAGGCCCUUUUCUGCGUGCGCUUUUAUCUAUGUCGUUAGCGAGAGGAAUAGAAGAUAUGAUAUGUUACCGUCUUUCACCCCAUAUAUAUAUUAGGUACAUGCAGUCGCGCAACUUGUUGGCGCGUUGAGCAUUUCUCCCCGACAGUUGUGGUUGGUUUCGCUACCUAGGUUUCUAGUGUAAAGCAUCGGAUCGGUGUUGGUGGAUAUUCUAUAUGAUGUACCUAGAAGCUAGCUUUAGUAGCUACCUAACGUGUAGCUUUGUGGAAUAAAUUAAGAAUUCAAGAAGACAAGUCACG